UGUGGCCUCCUCCAAGGCGCCAUGGGAGCGCGUGUGCCCGCGACUGAAGAUGCGAGUCCAGGAGAGCCCUUAUUUCUGACGCCGUAUAUCGAGCGAGACAACAUCAAGGAAGCAAGGCGGCGGGCACGAGUGACGCUCAACGAUAGCUUAAACGUAGAGAGCUACGCGGGCUUCUUCACCGUCAAUAAGACCUACGACUCGAACCAUUUUUUCUGGUACUUCCCUAGCAUGUCCCCGGACAAAGCCAAGGCACCCGUGCUCGUGUGGCUGCAAGGCGGUCCAGGAGGGUCAUCGCUGUUCGGUUUAUUCCUCGAAAACGGACCCAUUAGAGCAGAAAAAGGACAAUUCGAGCGCAGGAAGUAUCACUGGGCAUUGAAUCAUCAUGUCAUUUACAUUGACAACCCUGUGGGCGCAGGAUUUAGCUUUACCAAGGAUCUAAAUGGGUAUUGUACUGACGAAACACAGGUCGGUGAACAGCUAUACUCAACUCUAACACAAUUCUUCCAACUCUUCCCGGAGCUCCAACAAAAUGCUUUCUUCAUCACGGGUGAAUCUUACGCCGGAAAAUAUGUCCCGGCACUCGCUCACACUAUCAUUAAGAAAGACUCCAUAGCAAAAACUAAAAUAAACCUUAAAGGACUUAUUAUUGGUGGGGCUUGGAUAAAUCCUGAUAGUCAGAAAUAUUUUACAUCUUAUGACGUCUGCAACAAAACUGACGAUAAUCAACCACUUUCAAAUCAUGCAAAUCAAAUGUGGGCACUGAAAAACCUUAAGAAAGAAGAUAAUGAAUACAUUGCAGUACUAACUGAAAAUGCUGUAAGAAAAGCUAUCCAUGUUGGGAACUUGUCAUUUACUGACAUGAAUUGGUAUGUGUAUCAUAUAAUGAAACUUGAUUUUUGCCAAUCCAUGGCUCCUUGGUUGUCGGAAAUACUAGACCAUUAUCCGGUAACGCUUUAUGGUGGAGAAUUAGACUAUACAGUACCAUAUAAUGGGAUUGUAGAUUUUUUGCGGAAUCAUUUCAAUUUCACGGGCGCCUCGGAGUACAAGUCUGCAAAGCAGUACGAGUGGAGGGUGGACGGCGAGCCGGCGGGGUGCGUGCGGCGCGCGCGCCUGCUGACGGAGAUCUACGUUCUGGACGCCACGCACUACGUGCCUGCAGACCAGCCCAAGCGCGCCUGGGACAUGAUCACGAGGAUCACGAGCGGGAAGGGCUUUGACCAAAAGGAAAUUUGCUUAACACCGUCAUAAACACUAAUA